UCGCUACGUGUUCGAGAACGUGCUCCUCAUGUACAAUGGAGGGUACAUGGCUAUCGAGCGGUGAUAAUUGGUUGGGAUCUGAAGGCACAAGCGUCCAAAGAUUUCAUCGAAAGGGUUCAUAAAGGGAAUGAGGCAUGGACCAAUAAUCCCAACUACGCUGUUCUGAUAGAUACUAGAGAUCGUUUGAUACCUCAACUCGGCUACAUUGUUCAAGAAAAUAUCGAGUUACAUCAAGGACGAAUAAUUCAUAACCUAUUGAAGAAUUAUAUGGAGAGAUAUGAUGAAGCAAAACAGAAGUACAUCCCAAAACCAUGGUUGAGAGCAAUAUAUCCAGACGAUUAA